GGAGGAGCCUGGAUAUAAACCAAACAACCCUCCACGCCCUGCAGUGUCUGGAAGUUCCUCCGCAUUCCUGUUAAUACACACACAUACACACACAUACAUACAUACACAUAGACAGAAAACUGGGAGGAACCACAUGCCGAGGGAGUUUGGAGGGGGUGUGGGCCUGCUGUAGGACUGGAGACCAGAACCUCAUCAUCAACGUUCUGACAGUCUCACCAUGAGUAAAGCAGGUGGUGAUGAAGGCGGCGGUGGCGUCUGUAGUGAAACAGCCCCACAGCCAGAGGAGAAGACUCCAGCGGAGAAGGUCCUGAGCAAACUGAGUGCUACCACUGUUGGACCAGGAUGGACUAAAGUUAGUUGCCCCUGCUGUGUGUCGGAGCGAGUCGAGCCGUUGGUUCUGGUGAAGCUCGGAAAGAAAGUUCGCCCUGAGACGAAAAGGUGGCUUAUCAAAGUGAUUGGAGCUCCUCAGAAAGAUGGAGGGGCUGCAUUACUGGCCCACCCGGGUGAGGACGCCAGUGGUGACAUCAUCGUGGUCUCCGCCCCAUGCUGUACGCUACUUAGAGCCACUGAAGAGUUGGGUCUGUGUAAGACUUACUGCAACAACAACAUGGAGGCCUUUUCCUACAACGACAGAGACAACUUUAAAGAUUCAGAUAACAUGGAGGUGUUCCUGACCCUGGCCGAGCGGCAGUUCAUAGUCAAGUAUGAGCUGGACGGUCUGCGGGCUCAGAGAGACCUGAGAAUACCCGGCCUGUCUGACAGUUCCGCACUGCAACACCGAGACAACAUCUGGCAGAAGCUCGGGUCAGCUGGUGUUAUCUUGGACACAUUUCCCCUCCACAACCCUGACAAACUGAAGGAUCUCAGUGAGGCCUGGUACUCUGGGAAUCAGCUGGCUCAGCCACUGGAUGCAGUCAAUGGGUAUUUCGGAAGCUCUGUGGCUUUUUACUUCAGCUUUCUUGAUUUCUACACCUGGUCUCUGCUCCCACCAGCGAUACUAGGUCUGUCCAUCACAUACUUCUCAGGUGAGGCUCAGAAGGAGAUGGAGAAGUCGGUCUCAGGCUCAAGGGUCACAGGUGUUGAAGAUGAAUCAGGAACAGCGGUCAGCGGUCACAUGAUCCAGGCAGUGUUCAGCAUGAUCUGGUCCACGGUGGUUAUGGAGCUGUGGAAGCGUCGGAGCUCCUCCCUGUCCUACCGCUGGGGCACCCUGCACCUCGCCGAACGCUUCGCAGAGCCCCGGCCCGGGUUCCAUGGCGACAUAGGGGUCAACCCUGUGACAGGUCGUGUGGAGCCGCUCUUUCCUGCAUGGCGGAGGGACCUGCGUAUGGCUCUGGUGUCAGUCCCAGUGGUUGGACUGUUUCUGGGGCUGGUGGUGCUGGGUAUGCUUUGUUUCUACUGGGGGGAGGCCCAGGUGCAGCAGCUACACAGAGACUGGGACUCCCUGCUGUCUCAGACUUUGCUCUACAUGCCCUCAGUGCUUCACAUCGUGUACACUAACAUGCUAUCGACUGUUUACAAGAAAGUGGCACAGUCUCUGACUGAACAUGAGAACCACAGAGAGGAGUCUGCCUUCGAGAACCACCUAACAGCCAAAAUCUUGGUGUUCACCUUCUUCAACUACUUUGCAGUGCUCUUCCACAUUGCCUUCUUCAAGCAGGAUGUGCCUUUGCUUCGUAAGCGUCUAGCAUCUUUGCUGAUAGUGACCCAGCUGGUGAACCAGGUGACAGAGGUGGUCAUACCCUUCCUGGUGGACCGGUUCAUCAGUGCCCCCCACAGGACAGAGAGUGAAGACGACCCACAGGAGGACAAAUUUAGGAACCAAAGCACCCUGCCUGCCUUCCCUGGUUUGUUUGCAGAGUACAUCGAGCUCCUGGUGCAGUUUGGGUAUUUGAGUCUUUUCUCCUGCGUGUAUCCUCUGACAGCUGUACUGCUGCUCAUCAAUAAUCUAACGGAGAUACGAUCAGAUGCCUACAAAAUCUGCAAGCUCUUCCGCAAACCCUUCUCCCCCCCUGUGGCUAACAUGGGCGUGUGGCAGAUUGCUUUCGAGAUCCUGAGUUUUGUCUCUGUUGUGUCCAACUGCUGGCUGCUGCUGCUGUCACCAUGGUUACAAGAGCAGUUUCAGGAGGGUGGGAUGAGCAGCACAAACAUUCUGCUGUUGGCUGUUUUGGCGGAGCAUGUGCUGAUCCUGGUUAAGGUGGUCUUGGCGGUGCUGAUCCCUGAUGAACCGGACUGGAUCCGAAAAAAGAGAGAACAUAUUGAGUACACCUCCAUGCAGGCUUUGAGACAGCAGAAGCUGCAUUCUGAAGAGUCCUGAUUGCGUUUCAAGGUGUUGGGCUGGGGCUUUAUGUUGUCCUGAGCUGAGCUGCUACAACCAGAAGAUCCAGUGCCAACCUCAGGGUUGUGUGGGCCCAGAAAGGAGUCUUGGAUCUCCAGCAGGGCCCACAAUGCAUACUGCUGUGCACCCAAUGCUCCCCCUGUAUACUUUUAAAGUGUUGUUGUUGCUGUCACUAAUUAACACGGUGCUUCUGCAAUGUACGCCCUCUGAACUGCACUCUCUUAUUACAUGUACACUGCAAGUGCAAUUGAAACAGCAGCUAAAAAGUUUUUUUUCCCCUCAAAUAUUAGACAGCUUGGAAUGUAUUGGUUAUGUGUACGGAUGCCCUUUAGAAAUGUUAAGAUAAAAGAGGUUUUAACAGGCUUUGUUCAGGUUCAAUGAGGGAGAGCUGAAGAGCGCUUCUAUAAUCACUGGCUACAGUAUGUACAAUCAAUAUUUACAGUAGUAAUAGUAAUAGGAUUCUGAUGUCACUGGCAGGGUCACAGACAAAAAAAAGGAAGAAUACUGUACAAAAUGUUCCAGUUAUUUUAACUCUUUUAAAAGUGUUUUUGCUAUGAUAAGCUACAUUUUGUGUUCAGGUAACAGUAUCAUCAUUGGAGUGAUUAUCAUAAGAGAAAAAGCAAGAAAUAUAAAUCAAAAUAAGGCUUUAAACCUGCCUUAGUCGAUAUUUUUAUCAAAAUAUUUAUUGAAAUGCUUGCAAACAAGUUAGCAGUAUUAAUGAUGCAUUUACAGCUUUUUGUGCUGCCCCCAAGUUGUCAAAAAACAAUUAGGUUUCUCUUUAAUUUCAGAAAAUUAUUGAUUUUGUCUAUCGCUCCAUCAAAUGUAGAAAAAAAUGGCUUGGACUGUAGUUCUUUAACUUAAACUUUCAGUCUGUAUUUGUAGUAAAAGUGUGGUGCCAGGUGAGUUUAGUGCUCAGCCAGUACUGACAGUGAAACAUUUGAAAUACUGAGUAUUUUACACAUUUAUUUAUAAAUGUUCUGCAAUAAUAGGUAAUAUCUUUUAUUGUGCUGAAUCCCUGUCUGAAACAUUUGCUUCUGCUUGAGCAGGUAGUAGAAAAUGUUUCACUAGUACCUUUCCUUUCCCACACGUGAAUAAUAACUGUAUUGGACCAUGUGACAUCUAUAACAUGAGAUGAGUACAGUAAACUAUAUGCCAAGUUUUAAUUUGCAGUGAAAGUGAUGGGAGCUACCAAAGAACCGCUAUGUGCUUUUUUAUUAGAAAUGCAUAAUUUUUUUAUGCUUGGAUUUCAGUCUUUACUCACUUGUUUGAGUUGUUUGCCUCUGAGAAUGACUGCUUGAGUUCACUGUGCUGCCAUAGCUAAUUCACCUUUACAUUCAUACCAUGAGUGUUUCGCUGUUCACUCUGGCACUUCAUACAAUGAAUCUGCAGAGUCCACUGGGGAAGUCUAUCAUUUUUUCUGCUUUACAGUGGUGUAUUGUUCACUAUAUAUGUUAUUGUUUGUAGGAGUUACUAUUUUUUCCAGCCACCAGGUGGCACUAUACAUUUAAUAUUUUGCUCCACAUACUUUUCACAAGCCCUGGUGGCUGCAGAAGGACUGCUUCAGUAAAGACGCAGGUGGAUGCUGAGACUUCCUCAAGCGGCUGCAGCUGUACUUGUGAACUUCUGACACUAAUCAUAAACCUGUGUGUGUGUGUGUGUGUGUGUGUGUGUGUGUGUGUGUGUGUGUGUGUGUGUGUGCGCUCUGUUCUGAAGGGUUGUGAUGAGUUGGUGAAGAUGAACUUUUAGACAGCCUGGUCCCAGGAUCAGAAUGAAUUUCAGGUUAGAAACAGAGGUGAUGAUGUUUGCUGGUUGUUCCACAAUAAACUCACUGAAGGAAA